AUGCUCGAUUUGACUUUGUGUACGAUAUGCUAUGUUCAUCAGAGUUCGGCUAUCAUUACUUCAGAUUUUAGAUGCGUUGAGAUUACCGAAGUUGUAAAGAAUGAUUGGACGGUUGAAGAAACUCUCCUCUUACUAGAAGCUGUGAUGCAUUAUGGUGAUGACUGGAAGAAGGUUGCUGACACUGUCACUGGAAAGAGCGACAAGAAAUCUUCUGAGAUGGAGCAUGAAUUUGGUCCAAAGGAUUCAUCAUUUCCAAACAAAAAGAUGCGCUUUACACCACUUGCAGUCAGAUGCAAGCAACCCUAUAAUGGCCCAGACUCCAAGAGUUCCCUUAUUGAGAAAUGA